AUGGCAGCAAACGAUGCAUUGAAUGCCAUUACACAAAAGUUUAGAGAACAGAAUGAGAUCGUUUGGACUCAACUGGGCUCGGUGGCAGAGGUGUUGGGCAAUCAUGAGAAGGCAAUCUUCUCUUACGAGAUGGUGCUGAGGCAUAAUCCACAUUCGAUCAAGGCAAUGUCCCAGAUCGGCUCCAUUCUCAAGUCCAAGGAGCAAUUCACAAAGGCCGCCGAGUUCUUCCAACGCAUCAUCACCAUUGAUGAGAAGAAUGGCGAGGCUUGGGGCGACCUUGGCAACUGCUACCUCAUGUUGGACGAUCUCCAAAAGGCCUACAGUGCCUAUCAGCAUGCACUCUAUCAUCUUCCCAAUCCAAAGGACCCUAACUUGUGGUAUGGUAUCGGAAUACUUUAUGACCGAUAUGGUUCGUAUGAGCAUGCAGAGGAGGCAUUCACUGCAGUGCUAAAGAUGGACAACAAGUUUGACAAGGCCAAUGAGAUAUUCUACCGUCUCGGUAUACUCUACAAGCAUCAGGGCAAGAGUGAGCAGAGUUUGGAGUACUUUAACAGUCUCCUCAAGAACCCUCCCCGUCCUCUCACCUCUGCCGACAUUCUCUGUCAGAUCGGUUUAGUCUAUGAGAUGCAGAAAGAUUAUAACCAAGCAAAGGAUGCAUUUGAGGCAGCUUUGAAGGAGAAUGGAUCACAUCCAAAGGUACUGCAAUCAUUGGGAUUGCUCUACCAUCAUAACCCAUCCUUCACCAAUCAGGAGCAUGCCAUCAGCUUCCUGUUGCGAUCGAUCGAUGCCGACGCCUCGGACGCUCAGACCUGGUACCUGCUAGGACGUUGCUACAUGAUCCAGCAGAAAUACAAGAAGGCCUACGAUGCCUAUCAGCAGGCCGUGUACAGAGACGCGAGAAACCCGACCUUCUGGUGCUCGAUCGGUGUGCUCUACUACCAGAUCAAUCAGUUCCGUGACGCAUUGGACGCAUACACCCGCGCCAUCAGGAUCAACCCUUACGUGUCCGAGGUCUGGUACGACCUGGGCGCCCUGUACGAGAGCUGCAACCAGUACACCGACUCGUUGGAUGCGUACAAGAGGGCUGCCGAGCUUGAUCCACAGAACAAGCAGAUCCAGGCCCGCUUUGCCCAACUCAAGAUACUCAUUAGCAAACAAAAGGAUGGAACGGCAGACGGCAGAGACGAGAAGGAGCCAGGUGGAGAGUACAACGAGAAGCUCAACCCAACGACCAUCGAGCCAGGUUCACCAGGUCGUGCGAUGGCCGUCGAUCAGCACAGGAAUGGCCGUCCCAACCUCGGUGGUGUCAACAGCAACCUCGGCGGCAUCAACAACAACAACAACAACAACGGCCCUGGUGGCGUGCCCAGCCUUCCCGAGCUCUCUGAGAUCGCCAUGGCUGGCGAGGAGAGGAACAACAGCCUGCCCUCAUCGAAUGAGCUCGACAUCUCGCUGAAGAACAAGAGCACACAAAAGAGCAAGGGCAAGGAGAUGCACUCUGCAUCUUCACCAGAGACCAAGCAUGGUCUGAUGGAGGACUUCCACCACAAUGGCGGUGGCUCUGGCCCCAACAAGUUGGAGGAGAGUGGACUGUCUAAACUCCGCGAGCUCAUGGACAUUGACAGACCAGCAGACAGACGUGGAUUUGAUGAGAAUCGCAUGAAGUCAUCCAGACAGGAGAACACACUUCCACUUCUUGGCGAACUCAGCUCCAGAGCGCAAUCAAGCGAAAGGGAGAUAGAAAGGGAGCCCGAGAGAGGAGACUCUGAACGUGAGCGCGUACUUGAGAGAGAGCGUGAGAGAGAACGCGAGAGAGAACGCGAGCGUGAGCUUGAGAGAGAGCGAGAGAGGGAGCGCGAGAGAGAACGUCAGAGAGCACGACAGAUAGAGAGAGAGCUUCCAGAAGGGGAGAAAGUGCGCGAAACAGAUGUUCAAAUGAGUGAGGAUGCCGAACCAAAGGAAUCCAAGCCCACAGAGAAGGAGACAACAACAGCACCAAAGGAGAAGGAGGAGGUGGCAGCACCAAAGGAGAAGAUGGUUGAGGAUGCACCAAAGUCAGCUACACCACCCCCACCAACAACAUCUGAUGUAACAAACAAGGAUAAGGAGGAGAAUGUCACAAUGGAAGAAAGCGAGAAGGACAAGGAGAAGGAGAAGGACGCUGAGAAGGUCGAACAAUCAGAGAAGGAACCAUCAAAGGAGCCAUCAAAGGAAAAGGAACCAUCCGCAGCCACACCACCAGCCGCAGCACAAGAGAAGGAGAAGGAGAAGGAAACUGAGAAGGAGAAGCCACAGGAAUCAUCUAAGGCUCCAUCUGCCUCAUCUGAGACACUGCCAGACGAACCAAGAAAGGAAGGAAAGGAGGAGAAGGAGACAGAGCCUGCUGCAUCGUCAUCUGCCUCUCCAUCAUCAACCAAGGAGACAAGCACAGAGAGUCAGAAGGAGUUGACAUCUGUGGAUACAAAGGGCGGCGAGCAACCACUCCACUCAUCACCCAGACCAGACCAAAUCGAACCAGGCCAGGAUGCAUCUCAGGAGGAGGUCAACAAGAGGAGACUGGACGACGAUGGCAGCGACAGCGGUCCGAACAAGCGUGUCAAGCCCACCACGACCACCGACGAUGAGGAGGGUUCCAGCAAGUCGUCGCCCAAAAUGGAUGGUGACGAGGCCAAGUCAAAGGAGCGCGAUAGAGACAUAGAGAACGACAAGAGCCUAGAGGCUAAUCGCGAGAAUGACCGAGACAAGGAGAGAGAGAAGGGAGAUAGAGACAAGAAGAGGGAGAUACUCAAGAUAUUCAAACCAUCCAGCCAGAAAUCAAAGCUUAACAAUGUCAACUAG